UCCAGAGCAGAAAUGGAUCAGAACCAGCUGGACCGAGAAACCUUCUCCUGUUCGAUCUGUCUGGAUCUACUGAAGGAUCCGGUGACUAUUCCCUGUGGACACAGCUACUGUAUGAAGUGUAUUAAAAACUUCUGGGAUGGAGAGGAUCACAAAGGAAUCCACAGCUGCCCUCAGUGCAGGGAGACCUUCACACCGAGGCCCGUUCUGAAGAAGAACACCAUGUUAGCAGCUUUAGUGGAGCAGCUGAAGAAGACUGGACUCCAAGCUGCUCCUGCUGAUCUCUGCUAUGCUGGACCUGAAGAUGUGGCCUGUGAUUUCUGCUCUGGAAGAAAACUGAAAGCCAUCAAGUCGUGUUUAGUCUGUCUGGCCUCUUUCUGUGAGAAACACCUUCAGCCUCAUUAUGAUUCAGCUGCAUUUAGGAAACACAAGCUGGUGGAGCCCUCCAGGAACCUCCAGGAGAACAUCUGCCCUCGUCAUGAUGAGGUGAUGAAGAUGUUCUGUCGUACUGAUCAGAAGUCUAUCUGUGUUCUUUGUUUAAUGGAUGAACAUAAAGGCCACGACACAGUCACCUCUGCAGCAGAAAGGACUGAGAGGCAGAGAGAGCUGGAGGUGAGACGAGAAAACAUCCAGCAGAGAAUCCAGGACAGAGAGAAAGAUGUGAAGCUGCUUCAACAGGAGCUGGAGGCCAUCAAGCACUCUGCUGAUAAAACAGUGGAGGACAGUGAGAAGAUCUUCACUCAGCUGAUCCGUCUCAUCCAGAAAAGAAGCUCUGAUGUGAAGCAGCAGAUCAGAUCCCAGCAGGAAACUGAAGGGAGUCGAGUCAAAGAGCUUCAGGAGAAGCUGGAGCAGGAGAUCACUGAGCUGAAGAGGAAAGACGCUGAGCUGAAGCAGCUCUCAGACACAGAGGAUCACAACCAGUUUCUCCACAACUACCCCUCACUGUCAGCACUCAGUGAGUCUACACACUCAUCCAGCAUCAAGAUCCGUCCUCUGAGCUACUUUGAGGAUGUGACAGCAGCUGUGUCAGAGCUCAGAGAUCAACUACAGGACAUCCUGAGAGACGCAUGGACAAACAUCUCACUGAGACUCACUGAGGUGGAGGUUUUACUGUCAGAACCAGAACCAGAAUCAGGACCAGAACCAAAGAGCAGAGCUGGAUUCCUGAGAUAUUUAUGUAAAAUCACACUGGAUCCAAACACAGCACACAGUUUUCUGUUACUAUCAGAGGAGAACAGGAAGGUGACAUUGAUGAAUCAACCUCAGUCUGAUUCUAGUCAUCCAGACAGAUUCACUGAUUGGUUUCAGGUUCUGAGUAGAGAGAGUCUGACUGGACGUUGUUACUGGGAGGUGGAGAGGAGCGGGGGAGUUUAUGUAGCAGUCGCCUACAAGAAUAUCAGUAGAGAGGGAAGAGGGAAUGAAUGUAGAUUUGGAUAUAAUGACAAAUCUUGGGCAUUAGAUUUUUCCCAAAGUAAAUUUGGUCACAACAACGUCUGGACCUACUUCUCAGAUCCUGGUUCCUCCAGAGUAGGAGUGUACCUGGACCACAGAGCAGGUAUUCUGUCCUUCUACAGCGUCUAUGAAACCAUGACUCUCCUCCACAGAGUCCAGACCACCUUCACUCAGCCGCUAAAUGCUGGAGUUUGGGUUUGGGGUUCUGCUAAGUUCUGUAAGCCCAAAUAG